AAAGAAAAACUAAAACAUUGUUUCUUAUUACACAACCUAAAAGUUCUUGUCAUUCUUGGAAUGUCAGAAGAAUUCGACGAAUUUGAUAUCAUUUUCUCCGACAGUUUCUUCCGGACUCGCCGGCGUGACGACAUGAACGAGAAAGAAAACCGGCCCGUUGGUUUCCGAGAAAACUCCAAAAACAAACCGAGACGGAGCAAAACGGCGCCGUUACCUUCACCAGCGGCAUUCUCGACUUCGCUACCGGUGAAUAUACCGGGUAAUGUGGUGCAAAGGUACACGGAUGAUGAGGAAUAUUCCGAUGACGGAGGAAGGAUCAUGGUUCCGCCGCAUCUGAUAGUUGGACGGAGGAUGGAAGGUUGUCAAAUGGCGUUUUCCGUUUGUACAGGUAACGGAAGGACUCUCAAAGGACGGGAUCUGAGCCGGGUUCGUAAUUCGGUUCUCAGGUUAACCGGUUUUUUGGAAGCCUAAAUUGGUUAAUCGGAUUUAUCAAAUUUUCGCCUCCUUUUAGCGGAAGAAAUCAGCGGUCUUGUAUGAUUGUUAGUUUAUUGAAAGUCAAAAGGAAAACGUCAAAAAGAA